GCCAUCUCGUUUCCUUCUCGUGUGAUCCGCCAUGGCAUCUCGUUGAUACGGCGUCAACCAUAUAGCCGUCUCGUCUCGCUUCUUUCUCGUUUUCUCGUAUUGCCGAUUUGCGGAUUUCAGCCAGAGCAGAGUAGACCCACGCUUUUCAGGCUACACGGUACAAGUAUUCAUUCUGGUCCUUUGCCAGCCUCUGCGGUUUUGGCUGGCCAUUCUGUAACUCUCACUCCCGUCCCGUAGCCUUCUAGCUUCCAGACAUUCCAAGAUUAGCUGUGCAGCUUUCUGUUUGUCGUCAAGGACUGGAUUGGAAACGGGGAUCGACGCCUUCGCCUCCCUCUGCACUAGCAUCAGUUGUUAGAGCUCGCACGAAUCAUAGCGAGUCACGAGAGGCACCGCACAAGGACCUCCUAAGUCGUUUGUGUUAGUGGCCGUAUUCGUGAGAUUCUCGCAUGGGGCGCGAAGCUUCAGUUAUUCCGUGUUUCUUUCCGUCCAGUGUUUUUCCUCCAGUGAGCCGUACCGCAGCGGUAAUUCUCGGUUGAGCCAGGUUCAUCGCUUGACACAUUGACGGACACAAGGCUCCUCGCUGGGCCGUUCACCCGACAGCUCUUAGCUAAGAGCCGGGUUGCCGUCCCUGUCUGGUGGCUCGCUAAAGAGCCGCUUAGCCGACGGCUCGUGAAGAGCCGCUCAGUCGACAGCACUCAGGAUGGCGCCUUGCGUCGCACCUGGCUUGAACGGCGAAGGCGGGGGAAGAGGGGACGCCGCCACGUGGCACGGUGUUGCCGGAGACCUGUCGGGAAUCCCAAGGGCCGCUGAUUGGUCAGCCGUCGUCGGGGAUCUCCAUGCUCGCAGCGAUUCGCACCGUUGCCGUGAUGGUGAUGAUAGUGACUAUAAGGGACGGAGUGACAAGAAGGGACGCUGGUACGACUUUCUUGCUUAUAGCGAGGAGCGGAGUGGGACGGGGUCGUCGUCGAGCUCAAAACGGCAGAAAGCCACGUCAUCAGCUGCCGCGGUUACGGCGGCGAAGCUUGCGGGAUUCGUGCUGAUAGUUCUGAUCGUGUGCUGCUGGCAGCUUUUGUCGCGACCUGAGGGAUUCUUGGUCGGUGUGAAUCGGGAGAUUCUGGGCGGCGAACUGCACGUUGUGAGUCAAAGGGGGUCGGCACGGAGAGAGCUGCCGAGCCUUGCGAUCCGAGGCUCAUCGUCAGGCUCGGCGCACGGAGAUGAUGCUGGUUCGGCUGAUGAUGGUUCAGCUGGAACACUGUCGGUUACAGAUGACACGGUAAAUGGCAUGCCCGUUUCAACUAGUGACAAGUCGGACGAACUUGAAACGCUUUCAGACGAGGCGCUAUCCGGCGACGAGUCGUCCUCGCUGCCUGAAGCGGUAACUGAAACAGUCUCAGAAAACACUUUCACCGAUUUGGACCUCCCCAAUUCCAGCAUUCCGUCUUCUGUCUCCUCCCAAACCGCGUCUCCAGCAUCGGCAGCCCCUGAAGCUGGUGCAAUCCCGGCGUCCCUCUCAGCUUCGGAACUAGCCUCGGUACCAGGCUCGGCAGUGUUUGGGGCAGCAGGGCAGCUUGCCGUGGCAGCGUGCAUGGAGGUGCUGAGACUUGCUGCCGAAGCUGAGGCGGAGGCACGGCAUCUGGAGGCUUUUGGCUUGGAAGAUGAGCUACAGGCAUGGGCAGGAAGCAGGGGGGCUGGGGGAAGUGACAUUGAAAAAGGGCAUUUUAACGAGGGCGAGGCAGCAGGAGAAGCAGAGGGGGCGGAGGAAGCAGAAGGUGCAAGGUCCGCAGCAACAGCAGCCGGGGCAGUGGCAGUGGCAGGGGCAGGGGCGGGGGCAGGGGCAGGGGCAGGGGCGGGGGCAGGGGGAAGGGGAGGAGCAGGGGGAGGGGAGGCGCCAGGGACACUUGGAGCAGCGGCAGAGAGAGAGGCAGCUGAAGCGGCAGCAGCAGAAGCAGUUGAUGAGGCAGCAGCAGAAGCAAGCACAAAACCGGAUGUUGGUGCAGUGGCGAAUGAGUGCAGAGCUCUGAUAAGGAGAGGUCUGGGGCACCUUGCAAAGCUUGCAUCUGCCCAGGGUAGUAGCGGGAUUGAAGUUCCAUCUGCCCAAGAAAGGGAGGGGGCGGAGAUUUUGCCUGCCCGUAAGCGUCAGUCGGACAAAGUGCAUAAAGCACGAGGGGAAGGAGGAGCGGACGGUAAUGAAAGAAGGGAGGAUGGGGGAGUGGUGAGGGAAGUAAGGAAGGUCAGGAGAAGGCUGUUUGGACUGAAAGGGAAGGAGGAAGAGGAGGGAGAUGAGAGAGAGGAUGGAGAGGAGGGGGAGGGGGCAGGGCUAGGGGAAGGAAAAAGAGAUGGAGAGGAGAGGGAGGUGGGAGAGAAGGGGGAGGUGGGAGAGGAGGGAGAGGAGAGAGAGGAGGGAGUGGAGGGGGAGGAGAGAGAGGAGGGAGAGGAGGGGGAGGGGGUAAGGCUAGGGGAAGGGAAAAAGGAUAGAGAGGAAAAGGAGGUGGGAGAGAAGGGAGGGACGUUGGAUGGGCGAAGAGAAAAUGGCGAUGCAGAGGGUCGUAGGCAGGGAGGAAGGAGUGGGAGUAGGAAGGCCGGGAAAGGGAAAGGGAAAGGGAAAGGGGCAGGGAAAGGAGAAAGGAAAGGGGUAAGGAAAGGGGCAGGGAAACGGGCAGAAAAAGCGGCAGGGAAAGGGGCAGGGAGAGAGAGCAAGAGGGAGAAGUCCCAUGCUACUAGGACAUCUAUGGCAGCAAGCCAUGCUGCCAUCGUCCCAAGUGUCCCAAGUGCCAUAGUGUGCAGCGACGCAUGGGAGAGGGACCUGGUCUCUGGGCUGUCCGGCGACGAGAGUCAGAAGCGCCAAACCCGAAGCCUCGUGUCUUCCGAGCCUGUCUACUCGCCCGAGCCUGUCCACUUGCCCGAGCCUCUGCAGGCGCGGCAUAUACUGGAGGCCCUCCGAAGCAACAAGACGAGCGCGGAGCGAGUGAGGGAGGGGGUGAGGCGAGUGUGCCAGAGAGUGAGGGAGAUAGAGAGGCAGCUAUUACAUGAGCAGCAGCUGUUGAAAUCAGCCGUGAACACAAGUGACAGCAGUAGCAGUAGCAGCAGCAGUGGCAGGAACACUGGCAGCACAGACCUUGGCGUGGAGGCAUCAGCUGCAUCUGGGGGAGGUCCUAUCUGGCCUGAGUCCUGCUGGCCCAUACCCUAUGUGCCCUUCUCCAGUCCCAAGGUGUUCACCAACCCUCGAUUCCUGGUACUGGCGUUCACCAUGGAGCAGACCAGCAACGCCAGGACCCACCUACUAGAAGCAGCUAGGUUAGCCAGAUUAACAGGGCGGGUGCUGGUGCUGCCCAAGGCGGGGUGCAGCCGGCUGGCUGUGGGGCGACAGCACCCUCUCUGCUCCUACUGGGACCUCUCACGCCUCACUCACCCCUCUCCGCACUCUCCCUCCCAAGGCUCCAGCCUCAUCAACCCAACCCCCGCCGAACCUGCCUCCACCGGUCCUACCCCCACCAGUCCUGCCUCCACCGGACCUACUUUUACUGACCAAACCUCCAAAGGUUUCAGCCCCAUCAACCCAUCUCCCAUCAAUCUAAACUCCACAGAUGCCACCCUCACCAGUUCGCCCUCCCUGUCGCUCCCCAUAUCCCACCUUCCCGUUGAUUGGGUCUCCCCGGAUCUCUACCUCCUCCUCGCCCGCUCCUCCCUCCCCCGCAACCCGUCUGUUGGCUUCAUGUGUGUCGAAACUCCGUCCCUCAACCGACCGUGCUUCGACUUCGGGGAGGUAGCAUCUGGGCUGGGUGCGAUCCUCACCUACUCUCUCGGCCAUCUCCCCACGCGCACCAACACUCAACUCAUCACGGUCCGCAAGGCCUCCCGGUUCCUCAAAGCCUUCCAGAAAUGGCACCACGUGGAUGUGGUGGUGUGGGUGAAGACGACUUACAAGAAAAUGGCCAUCCGCCCGCCGACCUCCGUUCUCGCGCCCUCCCUCCUCCCCUACCACCCGCGCUGGUUUGCUCUGGCACAAUCCAUCGCAUCGGCGCUCCCUCGUCCGCUCAUCGCCCUCCACUUCCGCUCCGAAUACAUCGCAUGGCUUGUGGGCGGAAAGCUGCACCAGGAGCAGAAGAUAGGCAAGCAGAUGCACUGGUGCGUGGCAGAGGCGGCUAGAACUGUACACGAGGUGCGGCAGCAGCUCAUUGGUGGGGGGGAGGGGGGUGAGCGGGGGGUGAGUGAGGAGGGGGGGGGUUCAGUGAAAGGGAGAGCAGUCCGGAGUGACUCACCUUCUCUAUCAAGUGACCCUGCUGGACUGGCUCGGCAACUGCUGAGAAAGAUAUCAACGGCCAGUGCUGAGACUUCUCAAAGCAGCAGUCCGAUGGUGUUCAUUCUUGCAGAUGUUGCCUUCGGUGCUGUUGCCGCCGCUGCUGCAACACCUGGUCCAAACUCCCCCGGUGGGAAAACACAGCCUGAGCCACACUGGAGUGCAGAAUCUGAAUCGGAAUUGGAAUUGGAAUCGGAAUCGCAAUCGCAAUCGAGAUCGGAAUCGGAUCAAGAGUGGCCGGUGCGGUCGGAGUCGUGGGGGGUGAUGGUGGAGAAGUAUGGCCGGGAGCGCACCAUAGAGGCUGGGCACGGCGCUCUGCUGCAGCUCAGGGCGCUCGUUGAUGGUGACGAUGGGGAUGACUAUCAAGGGGAUGGAGAAAAAGGCGGUAGCCGAAAUAGCAGCAGCAGCAGCAAUGGGGGCAGCAACGGCAGCGGCUCCAGAGUCUUGACAGGUUCUGUGGGCGAUGGCAUGCGCAGGAGGAGCGUCAUGAUUGAUGAGAUAGUCCCUUCCGUCAAUAAACUUGAUCCAGGGAUAGUUGGAAUACUGGACAAGCUGAUUGCGGCGCAAGCAGACAUGCUUGUAGUUGGAGUUCGCUACUGCGGAGGAAGGCGAGGAUUUGAAGCAGACAUAGUGGAGCAUCGAAAACAGUUGGGCAAGUCUACGAAAAGCGUGCACAGAUGGGGCGAAAAUGUACUGCAGCGUCGCCGAAGGCGAUUGCGGUUGGAGAAGGACAUUGCACAUGAUAUCAGAGGAGGAGAAUAACAUGCUCUAGCUCAAUAUGCAACACCUUGUUGCAUUUGUCGCUUAUCAUGUUUCUAGUUGUAUGAUUAUAAAUUUAUCUCAUCCAA